AUGGAAGCGGAACUGUCGGAGGGUGAAAGCGAAGAGAGGGCUCAAAGCAAGAAACAAGAGAUAGAGGAGAGGGCUGAUUGGUCGAACCUCAAAGCUGAUGCGUUGAAACUCAUCGCCGAUCGACUGAUCAUCAAUAUCACCGACUACAUCUGUUUUCGUUGUGUUUGCAAGGCAUGGCGUGCCACCAACCCUCGGAGCCGCUCGCACCCUCCCCAGCUCCCGUGGCUUGUUCUGGGAUGCGAAGAUGACUUCGACCGUCUCGUCUUCUACUCCUUCUCGGACUCGAGAGUCCACAAGAUCAAGCUUCCAACGAUCGGUGAUAUGGUCGUCAUCAAUGGCUCGUCCGAUGGAUGGCUCGUCCUCGAAGAUAGACCUUCCUCGAGCAUCUCUCUUCUCAAUCCUCUCACAGGUGUUCAAAUCCAUCUCCCAUCGGCCCCAGGUCAACUGAGGAGCACUCAUGACAAUGCCGAUACGAGCAUCACAAAGGAAUUCAUGCAAGCACUGAUUUGGAAGAUUUCGAUGUCUUCAAACCCACUGGCGACCGAUCAAGAUUGCACCAUGAUUGUUAUCGCCUCUUGGAACCGUGCUCUCCUAUCCAUUCGUUUCGGGCACGACGAUGACUGGAGCUUGCUAGAUGACACGACCGUGUACCUCGAUGUCAUCUACUUCAAAGGAAGCUUUUAUGCUAUAGAUUACACCGCACAAGUCUUCGUGUUCGACUCCCAACUCAAGAAGGUGGCCAUCACCGAGCCUCGACAAGAAUCGACCGACACGUUAUGGCAGUUCGCAGAGUUAUCAGGUGAGCUCGUAGUCCUUGGAAACAUGGUGUCCGAGAACCCUAUCGUCGAUGAGUGGGAAGGUACUAUGACGUUCACGACGGAGAGGAUCGAUAUCUUAAAGUUGAACAUGGAAGGUGUGAAGGUCAAGCACAACAUGCUUUGGGAAUGCCCAAAUGGAGUCAGGGUACUACCCGACCUCCCCAUCUCACAUAAUGAGGUGGGGAGGUUGGGCACCCUAACCCUCUCGUUGCCCAAGGUGAGGCAGUCAGGUACCUUGACACUCAUUUGGGCACUCCAAAGCAUGUUGGUCAAGCACCCCUACUCCCCUUGA